GGAAGUUAUGUAGCAGUGUGUGUCACUCGCCAAAGAACGUAUCAAGUGUACAUAUGUGGGAUCACGACCUGAAAUAAAGCAUCAGGAAUCAUCUGUAAAUGAUGAAGCACGUGUUCCUGACUGGCGUUCCCGGUGUGGGUAAAAGCACUCUGGUGAAGAAAGUGUGUGACGCCAUGGUCUCGGCCGGGGUUUCUGUCAGUGGUUUCUACACGGAGGAGGUCCGAGAGCGAGGCAGGAGAGUGGGCUUUGAUGUGGUCACACUCACAGGGGACAGAGGACAGCUGUCCAGACUCCGCGCUCAGGCCGCCGCAGGUGGACGUGAACUCAGGGUCGGUCAGUACGUGGUCGAUCUUCAGUCAUUUGAAAGCCUCGCUCUCCCACUUUUCAGAGACAUGCGGGAGGGAAGCAAGAGGCUGUUUGUCAUCGAUGAGAUCGGAAAGAUGGAGUUGUUCAGCCAAGCGUUUGUACGUGCGGUGAGACAGACGCUGGACGCCUCCAGCUGCUCCAUCCUGGGCACCAUCCCUGUUCCUAAAGGAAAACCUCUCGCGCUGGUGGAGGAAGUGCGCAGCCGACAGGACGUCAAGAUAUUUAUGAUCACGAAGGAAAACAGAGACGUGAUCUUCGACGACAUUGUCUCAGCUGUACAAGAGUGCCUGAAGUAAACGCAUGUGUUAAUUAUAAUUGUGAUUUUUGUUUGCCAUCAAGCCGUGUUCAUAC